GGCGAAGGCACAGGACCACCCGUAAAGAAAAGGGAGGCAGCAUAGCGAGCGAGCAUCCUCAUGUAGAGCUGCAAGGAGCAAUUUCGCCACUGCCUAGAAGUAAUAACCAGAUGCUAACGACUCCAGAAAUCUACACCAUUCCGUCAAAAAUUUACCCUUUUGCUAACCGACUCAAGCAGUGAAAGCGAAGCUGAGAAGACAGAUAAGGAAGGAAGAAAGAGUGCCCCUCGUAACUUCUAACUUUUUUUUCCCCCCUUUUCCUUGCGCCACUGUUGAGUGGAGGAAGGUAAUUAGGAAGGGGAAAAAAGAGGAGAAGUAUAUAGAGAGAGGAAGAUAGAGAAAACAAAGGGAACAAAGAGAUGGUGGGCUCAGGAGAUGGUAGUAGAAGCAAGGAGGCUGUGGGCAUGUUGGCUCUCCAUGAGUCUCUCAGGAACCUCUGCCUCAACUCGGACUGGACUUACUCCGUCUUCUGGACCAUUCGCCCUCGCCCGUACCUUCCUCUUUCUCCCCCUUCUUUCCUUUCCCUCUCUUUCACCACACGAACUAUUCUCCCCCUUCUUCUCUUGCAGGAGGUGCAGGGGCGGCAAUGGCUGCAAGAUUGGCGACGACAAUGGCAAUCUGAUGCUGAUGUGGGAGGAUGGCUUCUGCCGGAGCCGAGUCGACGAGAUGGAUGCAGGGGAAGACCCCGUGAGGAAGGCCUUCAGCAAGAUGUCCAUUCAGCUGUAUAAUUACGGAGAAGGGUUGAUGGGGAAGGUUGCUUCUGAUAAGUGUCACAAAUGGGUCUUCAAGGAACCUUCUGAAUCUGAACCCAACAUCUCCAACUACUGGCAGAGCUCCUUCGAUGCUCUUCCUCCUGAGUGGAAUGAUCAAUUUACUUCUGGCAUCCAGACUAUCGCUGUGAUUCAGGCUGGCCAUGGACUUUUGCAACUUGGCUCCUGCAAAAUUAUACCUGAAGACCUGCACUUUGUACUGAGGAUGAGGCACAUGUUUGAGUCAUUAGGAUACCAAUCAGGGUUCUUCCUCUCCCAGCUGUUUUCCUCCACCAGGGGCAGCUCUCCUUCACCAUCUUCGUCAAUGAAGCAAAUCCCGAGGCCGCCGCAGCCGCCGCCUCCUCCGAUCUUCAACUGGAGCCACCCUUCGCUUGCUCCAAUCCCUGCCAUGGCAGCUGCCCCUGCUUACAACCCAAUGGGGCAGGAGCAUGAACCAGACCUCAAGUGGCCCAACGGCCUCUCCUUCUUCACUGCUCUCACCGGCAGGACGGACGACGCCAAGCUCCUCUUCGGCUCUGAGAUGCUGGAGCAAAAACCGGCCGACUCUAAGCCCGGCAUCGGCGAUGAUCACCAUCUGGCACUUAGCAGCGCGAGCAAUGCUGAUCAGGACCUGAUGAGCACAGAGAGCCAGCGUUCCUGCAAAGGCAGGAAGAUGGAGAGCAGCAGCAACAAGUUCAAGAGGAGCUUGACGUUCCCCGCGACAUCGCUCGACCACCAGCAUCAUCACCAACAUGCAGGAACAGCUCAGGGAAUGGAUUACAGAGGAUCAGACGCAGGGAUCUACCAGGACAUCAUGGAAACCUUCUUGGACUAGUAUCAUCAUCCCUUGCUUGUUCAUCUGUGUUACUAUAAUAGAUUGCAUAUUAGAUUCUGAAGGAUUUUUCUUUUUUGUUUUGUUUUGUGUUUUUUACUUCGUUGGAGUAGAAUUUUAGAGUGACUGUAGCUGAAAUUCAGGAUUGAGAUGCAAAUAUAACUCUGCUAAUCUUGUUUUUCUUUUGUUUUGUUUUCUAUUUUGGGAAUAAAACAUCUAGUCCUCUUUGAUCA